GUUAACAAUCGUGGUUUUAGCGUUCCGUGCUGGGAUGGGUUAUGUCUGAUACCACUACAAUAUAACGGAAAGCUUUUGUAAUGGAAAUUGGUGUCCUCUUGUCAAGAAUUCAUGCGCAGAAAUAUGUCAAAAGUCUUUUGAACGGACAAAUCAUGAAAUAUUCGAAAAGCAGUUGGACAGGGAAACAAGCGACACAGGAAAAUGUUCUGGAGUCUUUUUCAUAAAUAUUUCAGGGGAUCUAACUGUUGUUAAUAUUUCCUCUCAGGAUAGAAGAAGACCAGCAAUUGUGUGGAGACCAUUCUUACUCUGGAUACUCGGCCUAUUUUGGAAACUUGACCAUUGUUGCAGUAAGCCAACAAAGUAGGAAGACAAACCGAUCCCCUUUCGCCCAAGAUGACCUGUGAAAGGUUCCCUGAGAUGAGUGGACACGACGACAAGGACCAAGGUUCCCCAUCACAGGAAACAGGGACACAGGUAUUUACCAUGGACUCCGGAACUGGUCAAGAACUGACCAUCCCGACAGCUGAUGUGGUUGUAGAUCCCCCUGAUGGGUUAAAGGCGUGGUGUUUAGUAUUCGUUGUUAUGAUUUUAGCCUGUCUGAGAGGAACAUUCAUAGAGCUCAUGCCACAAGUUCUGUUGUUUAUGGGAAGUACAAAUAACACAUCAUCUGGAGGCGCGGGACACAUUGAGAUUUUCCCAGUACUGCCAGUGGAGGCACAAACAGUAGAUAACACUUAUAAGGCUCUGUAUUCAGUGUCAGUAAUAACAAGUUGUAUUCUGACUGUCUCGGCUGGUUACCGGUCGAUGGCGCUGAUCGGAAUUUUUCUGACGGCAGUAGGGUAUCUCGGAGCUGCUUUCUGUGACAUUUCCAAUAUCUCUCUCAUCUCCUUCCUGUACGGGGCACUACCAGGUAUCGGGCACAACUUGAUCGAAGUGGCAAUUCUUGCGGCAGUCCUGCAAUACUUCAGAAGACGCCGACUGUUGGCUCUAUUCAUCGUCGACGGUGGUGCUCUUCUUGGAGUUUUGGCUGCUUCUUUAAUGUCAGUGUUCUUUACUGGAUUCCCUGGCAUCAACAUCUGGAAGAGUUAUCUACUCGUCCAAGCAGGUGCUGCUUGUGUUAUGAUUCCGUGUAGUCUCAUUCUGAAACCCCUGAAUACCCGGAUGAAACGUCCAGCCAAUCAAAGCCUAAUAUCAUAUGUGAUGGGUAUGGAUGAGCUGAAGGUGUUCCGAUCUCUACUACUCUACGUCUUCGCAGUGGUCUGCUGCUUGUGGGACGGGGGUAUCAGUGUCAUUGAGACCAAACUACUGAAUUUCAAGGGUCUGCUCUGGAUUUUGCCCACUGGUCAGAUGUUGAUGUCAAUUAUAUUGCUGGCCAGUCUGGUGGGCGCCUGCAUCUCGGGCUGUAUCUGCAGUAAUAUCUGUCUGAAGAGUGUGGUCAUUGCGAUGGCUGUCUUCAGUGGCAUCCUGUUCCUUCUCAACAUAACGGCCAGUCUGUUUUAUGACACCAUCUAUACCAUCACCUAUUCCGUACUGGUGGGAAUGUUCAAAGGUUUUGGAAACCUCUUGGUUGAGUAUUCUUUGCCGCUGUUUCUCGGGGAGGAAAACGUUGCCAUCGGUGCAGCCAUCAUGACCUCGUUUCAGUCCAUUGGAAAACUGUUGAUGCCAGCCAUAGCAGAUGAAAUCGAAAAAUCGACCAAAGACGUAGACAUGUGUUUUUACUUUGCCGGAGUUAUCAUCUUCGUGUCAGCUUCCGCCAUCGUGUUGGCCUACCGCUUACACCUGCGUGUGACCAAAUGGGUGGUAGUCUCAGACAACCCAGACAAAACGCCAACCAAGGAACCAGAGUGCACUGGGGUGGUCACGGAAAGAUUCUGAUGACAGCAAGUUAAGGCAUAUCUUGUGGAACAUAUUUCACAAACCUGACCAGGAAUGUUAGAGAGCUUUAUGGGGCUUUAUGCAUGUAAGUUUAAAAGAUCUGACUCAAAGCAUAAAUACAUUAAAAAUUUCGGAAGUCGGUCGAUCAAGAUUACAACAUUUAAUGUCUCAGUCAGCUUUCAGAAUGGUUUAUGGUACAUGCGUGGUGGACAUUUUCACAUUUUGCGCAUCGGUCUUUGACAGUGAUUCAACAGCUGCUCGUGAUGAUCAACGCUGCUCUUGGCAAAGGAUUUUUGUGGAUGUGGAAAGUGUUUUGUUGCUUUGAUUCAAAAUGACAUUAUUUGUUUGACCUCAUUUAUUCGAAUGUGUCCAUUUGCCGAAUGAUGUGCUUCCCUGAUGUCAGACGUCGUCAUAAUUAUAUUUCUACCACUUUGUUUUUCAGCAUUCAUAAUUUCUGAUGUGUGUCAGGCUCGAUUGGCCUAUUUCGGAUACAUCGCUUAUAUGCACACGCAUGGGCAUCCGUUAAAUCAAGUAUGCAUUGAAUAUAUUUCUAUAUCUGUAACAGUACCUACAUGUAUGCUACAGUAUUAAAAACUUCAUUUACGCACACAUUAUUACUUUCUUUUGUUCAGUCUAAUACCGACAAGGAAAAAUGAUAAGUCUAUAUGUACCCAAUUGUCUA